ACUCGUCUAUGCAUAGGCUUUGAUCCAACAGGACUUGAACGCGCUGCGAAGGCUGCACGUGAGAUCGAUGCUUCGCCAAAUGCAAAGGUGACAAAACAGCUCGAACAUGGGACACGGCAGUCUGCAUACGAGAUGCAAGCGCGGAAAUUUGAGAUGGCCCGCGUGAAGGAUGAGGGUGAUGAGGCACGGCAGACGCUGGUGGCACAAACGGAACAUGCAAAUCGCCAAGCAAAAUAUGCUGACAACCUCGAACGUCAGCGGUACGCAGAACAACUCAACUCGCAACGCGAUGCACGCGAAGCUGAACUGCGAAGGCUGGAAGCCGCUGCACUCCGUCAAGAAACCCUCCGGCGUGAGACACUUCGCUACGAAGCAGAACUGAGGUGCGAGACAGAACUGAAGCGCGCAGAAGCCGAGGCGCGGCUUAAGACCAAAUCAGAACGUGAAAAUCAUGAUCUAACUCUCGAGCGCAUGCACGCGGAGAUGAAGGAAAAACGUGAGACGCUCCUCCUAUCAAUUUCUGCUGGCUUUUCAUCUCUUGGUGAGGGUGCUAGAUUGUUCCUUGGCGACCAACACCAGAUGGGGAAUGCUGUCGUCAUGAUAACAAGCCUCGCAAUCGGCGUGUAUAGUGCACGGGUCGCUGCAUCUGUGGCGGGAAAUCAUCUAGCCAAACUUCUCGGGAAGCCCAACCUGGUUCGUGAAACAUCCCGGAAGACACCAUUGCAAUUGUUGUCACGGCCAAGUACCAUGGCCUUUGAUUCACUUGACCGCGUGAUUCUCGAUGCUAAUCUAGAAACGAGGCUUAGUCGCAUCGCUGAUUCGACCAAAUACACCAAGAUCAACGGCGCAUAUUUUCGUCACGUCCUCCUGCAUGGCCCCCCUGGCACCGGCAAGACCAUGUUCGCCAAACGGCUCGCAGUACAUUCUGGGCUCGACUACGCAAUUCUCACAGGUGGUGAUAUUGCACCACUCGGACGCGAUGCAGUGACUGAGAUUCAUAAACUUUUUGAUUGGGCGCGGCAAUCUCGGCGGGGACUUCUCCUCUUCAUUGAUGAGGCCGAUGCCUUCCUACGAAAACGUGCGACGGAGACCAUCUCUGAAGACCUUCGCAAUGCGUUCAACGCCUUUCUAUACCGCACCGGAGAGCCGUCACGCGACUUUAUGCUUGUGUAUGCUUCUAAUGCCCCCGAGGAAUUUGAUUGGGCCGUCAAUGAUCGUAUUGAUGAGAUCGUGGAAUUUACCAUACCAACAGCGACAGAACGCGAACGCAUGCUCGCACAGUACAUCAACGAUUACAUGUGUAGCACCGACGAUCCACGCAUUGUCGUAGAUGGUGUUAGCGACAGCCAUCUUAAGGCUGCUGUAGCAGCAACAGAAGGGUUUUCAGGAAGAGAAAUUCACAAACUUGUGGUAGCCUGGCAGGCUGCAGUAUUUGGCUCAGAGAAUGCCGUGUUUACUCCUUCAAUAAUGCAUGAUGUCCUCGACACUCACGUGGUUCAACGUAAUCUGAAACAAACAUGGUCAGUCUAG